AUGGCUUCUCCUCAGCAGAUUCGCACCCCCAUCACCGAUCUUUUCAAGAUCAAGCACCCCAUCUUGCUUGCUGGCAUGAACGUGGCCGCUGGCCCCAAGUUGGCUGCUGCUGUCACCAACGCCGGCGGCCUCGGUGUCAUUGGUGGUGUCGGCUACACCCCAGAGAUGCUGAAGGAGCAAAUCGCCGAGCUCAAGGAAUACCUCAACGACAAGAACGCCCCCUUCGGCGUUGACCUGCUUCUUCCCCAGGUCGGUGGUAGCGCCCGUAAGACCAACUACGACUACACUAAGGGCAAGCUUAACGAGCUGGUUGACAUCAUUAUUGAGUCUGGUGCCAAGUUAUUCGUUUCCGCCGUCGGCGUCCCCCCCAAGCAAGUCGUUGACAGGCUCCACGGUGCCGGCAUUGUCUACAUGAACAUGAUCGGCCACCCCAAGCACGUACAAAAGUGCCUCGACCUCGGCGUCGACAUCAUCUGCGCCCAGGGUGGUGAGGGUGGUGGCCACACCGGAGACGUCCCAACUACUGUUCUCAUCCCCGCUGUCGUCGAUAUCUGCAAGGGCCACAAGAGCCCUCUGACCAAGGGUCCUGUCCAGGUCAUCGCCGCCGGUGGUAUCCACAAUGGUCAGCUCUUGGCUGCUGCACUGAUGAUGGGUGCCGGCGCCGUCUGGGUCGGAACUCGCUUCAUCCUGACCGACGAGGCUGGCGCACCCAAGGCGCACAAGGAGGCUGUCCGCACCGCCGGCCAUGAUGACAACAUCAAGACCCUCAUCUUCACAGGUCGUCCUUUGCGCGUCCGCAGCAACCCGUACAUUGAGAACUGGGAGACGGAGCGCCAGCAGGAGAUUAAGGAGCUGACCGCCAAGGGUGUCAUCCCCUAUGAGGCCGACCUCGAGAAGCUCAUGAACGAGGGUGGCGAUGGCAGCAACAGCGAGGGUGGCAGUGACAACAACGCCUCUGAGGUCGAUAUUGACGACGCUCUGGACCAGUUCCGCCCCUACCUCAUGGGCAAGGCCGCUGCAGUGUGCAACGAGCAAAAGCCCGCCAAGGCCGUCGUCGAUGAGUUUGUCAACGACGCCGUCGCAUGGCUCCAGAAGGGAAACAAGAUGAUUGCCAAGCUGUAA